CUGCACAGUCCGAAGCCCAUCUCCGCAAGCUGCCGCCUCCAGCUGCCACUCCCGCUCUGGGCCUGCGUCGCCUGGCCCUACGCGCUCUUGGCCUCCGUAGCCGACAUUGUCGGAUGCAGCUGACUCUCCGUCCAUCCUUCAAGUGGGCGUGGGGCACUACAUAACCUCGCAGCUCCACCACUUGCUCCUCAACUCACUCACCACCACCUCCUCCCCACACAUCAUGGUCUCCACUACCAACCCCGCGAACGGCACCAAGCCAAAUCAUGCCCUCGGCGCCCACCCCCUCGACCCCUUGACGCAGGACGAGAUCCGCGCCUCCGUCGCUGCCAUCCGCGCCUUCGUCAAGAAGGGCGGGUAUGACGGCGAGCCUGCCUCUCCCCUCUUCAACACCAUCAGCCUCCGCGAGCCCCCCAAGGUCGAUGUCCUGCGUUGGAUGGGUCUCUUCUCCGAUAAGGAGAUUGCGGAGGUCGCAACCACGCAGCCGGCCCCGAUCCGCCGUCAGGCCGACCUCCACAUCAUCUGCAACGAGUCUAAGCGUUCGUUCGAGGCUAUUGUCGACCUCCCCUCAAAUCUUCCCGCCGGCGACGACGUUGCGGCGGUGUCCGAGCCCACCGUGUCCUCGUGGAUUCUCCUUGGGCGCCACAUCCAGCCCUCGCUCCAGACCGAGGAGCUGCUCUGGGCCGAGGAGAUCUGCCGCAAGGAUCCGCUCGUCAAGGAGGCAUGCGAUGCCGUCGGCAUCAGCCAGGAAGAUCUCUAUGUCGACGGCUGGUGUAUCGCCUAUGACGAACGCUUCCCCGAGCGCCGUCUCCAGCAGUGCUUCUGCUUCACCCGCCUCCGCCCCGGAGACAACUUGUACGCGCACCCGUGCGACUUCAUCCCGGUGAUCGACUCGAACACGGGUGAGGUCGUCGUCAUCGACUACCCCCACUGCAACGCCAGGCCGGGCGAGCCGCACCCGCCGUCCUCGGCCGAGGCACAUGCCAAGGUCCCACCCCGCGAGCGUUUCCCGCCCCCCGCGGCGCCUGCAAAUUACCUUCCUGAACAGAUCGUGCUCGACGAACCAAACUUCAAGCUCCGCGACACGCUCAAGCCUCUCCAUGUUAUUCAGCCCGAGGGCGUGAGCUACAAGCUCACGGGUCGUGUCAUUGAGUGGCAGAACUUCAAGUGCCACAUCGGCUUCACUUACCGCGAGGGCCUCGUGCUUAGCGGUAUCACGUACAAUGACGGUGCCCAGGGCGAGCGUCCGCUCUUCUACCGCAUCUCGGUCGCCGAGAUGGUCGUGCCCUACGCCAAGACGACGUUCCCGCACCACCGCAAGCAGGCGUUCGACACGGGCGAGUACGGCAUCGGCGCCCUCUCCAACUCGCUCGCCCUCGGCUGCGACUGCCUCGGCUCCAUCACGUACCUCGACGCCAACUUCAUCACGCGCGCCGGCGGAAUCCAGCACAUCAAGAGCGCGAUCUGCAUCCACGAGGAGGACGCCGGCAUCCUGCACAAGCACACCGACUUCCGCGACAACAAGGUCCACGUCGCGCGUAACCGCAAGCUCGUCAUCUCCUCCAUCUGCACCGUCGCCAACUACGAGUACGGCUUCUACUUCAACUUCUACCUCGACGGCUCGAUCGAGCUCGAGGUCAAGGCGACGGGCAUCGUCAACGCCUACCCCCUCCGCGAGGGCGAGCACCCCGACCCAGCGCACGAGGUCGAGGUCGCGCCCGGCAUCGCAGCCCAGCACCACCAGCACCUCUUCUCGAUGCGCGUCGAUCCCAUGAUCGACGGCCUCCGCAAUCGCCUCGUCACCGUCGACUCGGUGCCGGACGAGGCCGACGUCGGCUCUCCCGAAAACUUCUACGGCAACGGCUACCACGUCGUCAAGACGCCCUUCACCAAGUCGGACCAGUUCUCUGACUACGACUCGACCAAGGCGCGCGCGUGGGUAAUCGAAAAUCCUCACAAGAAACACUACGCGACCAAGAGCAAUAUCGGGUACAAGAUUGUGUGCAAGGACAUGCCCCCGAUGUUUGCCAAGCCCGGCUCGCUGGCGUGGAACCGCGCCCCUUGGGCCCGCCACCAUACCUUCGUCACCCGCUACCACGAGGACGAGAUCUUCCCUUCUGAGCUCCACAUCAACCAGCACCCUGGGCACAAGGACUUUGGCCUGCAGAAGUGGGUCGACCGCGCGGACGACGUGUCCGACACGGACUGUGUUGUGUGGAACAUGUUCGGCAACUCCCACAUCUGCCGCGCAGAAGACUGGCCCCUAAUGCCAGUAGAGGUACUGAAAUGGGCCGCCCGCCCUUUGAAUUUCCACCGGAUGAGCCCCUGCUUGGACGUUCCGUCGACAGCCGACCCGCGGUCUCGGUACGCCGACGAGGCAUUUGUUGGCGGCAAGCCGGGCAGCCAUGGCGCCAACGGCGCCAGCAGCGUCAACGGCCAGAGCAACGGCCAAGGAAACGGCAGCGGUGAAUGCUGCGGUGGUAGGUAGGACGAACGAGUUGCAGGAUGUGGGUACUAGCGAACAAUACAGGGUUUGGGAUCGAAGGGCUUCCACCCAUGCCGCCACCACUAGUGAAUGUACAUGAUGAGCUUGAGAGGCCAUGGGCGGCAUGGGCGAGGGGGCAGCGCUGGCAGCUGGCAGCCAGGGGCUGCUCGGUGUGCGUGCUGAUAGCUGAUAGCUUGAGGACGUGUAGCAUUAGAGCGAUGCAAGUCGACCAGAAUUCAACGCGUG